UAAUUAACGUUCCAAUAACAUAACAAUCAGCCUAAAAGCAAGAAAAAAGAAAACGAAAGUAGUUUAUGCAAAUCAUCUUAAUUUUAAGCAUUCAUUUAUUUAUACUACUAUGUAAUCACUCCCGCUCACUCCCUAACCUUCUUUUGCUUAUUCUUCCUCUCUCUGAGAAAAAUUAAAGAGCUGUUUUAGCUUAGCAUUUAGCUGUGAUAUUUACCAAAUACCCAUUUAAGCUAUUAUACUUUUUGGUAACUUUAUUGCUUUGAAGGAGAAUAUCAUUUCUUUCCUUAUAUGCUUCUAUUAUGCGCAGUUCAGAGGUGUUAGAGAAUGGGGCGAGAAAUGGGAAUGGUAUAAAAUCACGAGGUGAGGAUGAUAUUGAGGGAACGACAAAUGGUGGGUUUGAGAAAAUGGUUAAUGGUUCAAAGGAAAAUGAGAAUUUGGGUGAUGAGAUUUUGGAGGAUUUCGAUACAUACUGGGAAGAUGUCAAUGACCGAUUAAUGGUAUCAAGAAUGGUAAGUGACUCGAUGAUUAAGGGAAUAGUGAGUGCGGUGGAACUAGAGGCAGCUGAGAGACUGGUGGCUAAGGAAACGGAAUUAGCCAAGUUGAAGGAUUAUUUGCAAUCUCAUGAUGGGGGUCUUAGCAAAAUUGAAUCUUUUGGGUCACCCAUGUCGCAGGAUGAGCUAGAAAGCAUGAAUUUUCGGAAACAUAUGACACUGUCAGAUGUUUUUAUGGAGCAUGGCAAGAUGGGAGACUUUCUUGAUCGGCUAAGAAGUUCGGCAAAAGAUGAAUUCAAGAAGCUGAGGAAGAGUAUACAGGAGAAAGAAUCUGGAAUUUGGGUUCAGUUGGACAACACAGUAAAUAACUUGAAAAUGAUGGUGGAUACCGUCUUUAAACGAAUGGAUGAUAUGCUACAGUGGUCCAAGACAUCACUUGGUCAGUGGCAGGAGGAGCAUCUUACCCAAGUGGAGAUUGAGGCCAUGGUAAUGCGUAGUGUAAUUCGGACUGUGCAAGAAGACUUUGAGUACAAAUUGUGGCACCAGUAUGCUAAAUUGUGUGGUGACCGAAAUGAGAAGUUGAAUGACAUCUCUAGUUUACGGACGGAGUUGGAUGCUGUUUUGAAGUCAUUGUCAAGUUCAGAAACAGGGUAUAUGACUUCCCAUGGAUCGCAUGAUGCAGAUGUCUUUACACGCAAGACAUCAAGUGAGCAUGUGACUUCUUCAAAUCGGGAUGGAAAUGAAAAGAUGGAGGAUUCCAAGACUGAUAUACCUGAGAACUUUGAUGCUGCCACGUUGAAGCACAUGUCAGAAGAGGAAACGGUGACCUAUUUUAGUAAUAUAAUGACAAAAAUGAAGAGACACCAUGAGUCCAUUCUGCAAAAGAAAACCGAUGAAUAUUUUCAUCGAAGAGCAGAUUAUCUAAAGCUUAGAGGAGGAUCUGUUGUGCCACAUAAGAAGGAUAAGGGUGAAUCUGACAUUCUAAGGAAGAAGAUCCCAGAAAUUAUAUUCAGAUUGGAUGAUAUCCUUGUAGAGAAUGAAAAACAUCCUGCAUCUACCCCAGAGACUCUAAGUUUCGGUAACUUGAAGGAUAGGCUUGAUAGCCUUCUUUCUGAAAAUCACCAGCUUAGAGACUUGCUUAAACAUAAGCAAGUAGAAGUUAAGUCCCUUUUGUCCCAAGUUUCGGACGCCACUGAGAAGAGGCUUGAUAGCCUUCUUUCUGAAAAUCUCCAGUUUAGAGACUUGCUUAAAGAUAUGCAAGUUGAAGUUAAGUCCCUUUUGUCCCAAGUUUCAGACGCCAAUGAGAAGGGGCUUGAUAGCCUUCUUUCUGAAAAUCACCAGCUUAGAGACUUGCUUAAAGAUACGCAAGUUGAAGUUAAGUCUCUUUUGUCCCAAGUUUCGGACGCCAAUGAGAAGAGGCUUGAUAGCCUUCUUUCUGAAAAUCACCAGCUUAGAGACUUGCUUAAAGAUACGCAAGUUGAAGUUCAGUCCCUUUUGUCCCAAGUUUCGGAUGCCAAUGAGAAGAGGCUGCAACAUUCUUUGGCGGAAGCAGACAUGCUAAAACAGAUAGGAGAUCUCCAUUUAGCCAUGGAAGACUCACUGAUAGAAGCUUCUGUAAGGGAAGAAGUGUAUACCUGUUUUCUAAGGGAUCUCAGUGGGGGGACAAGGAAUGAAGCUGAGGAAUUAAACUUGGGAUUCGAGUUGCUUAAUGAUAGUAAUGAUACAGAUGCUGAAAGUACAAAAUUUGAAAUUGAAGAUUUAGAGAUAGAGUGCCUCAUUUUACAAGAAAUUUGUGGAGUGAUUUCCGGUGAAGGUAUCAAGGAGGCUAAAGACAUGCUUAAAGAACUGUAUUCGGAAUAUUUGAAUGAAAAAGACAUUCGUAUUUCUCUCGAAACAAAAGUUAUUGAGAUGGAAAACAAAUUAAAAUUCGAGGUUGAAGAGAAGGAUAGACUAAAGCAACUGGUUUCUGAGCUGGAAAUAUGUGUGACUGAAAAGGAGAAUUUAGCAACAGUGGGAUCAGCUGCUCUAGCAAAAAAGAUGGGUCAAUUUGAGCAGGUGCUUCAAGAGUUAAAUGCUGUGAAAGAAUUUGCAAGUCAACAACAAGCAUUAGCUUCUGGGUGCAACAAAGUAGUGAAUGUAGUAAAGGGCCAGUUGGCAGAAGCAUUGGGGCAAAUUGAAGUAUUGAAAGAGGAGGCAGCCCAAAUAAAUAAAAGUCUUGUGGAGGACUUAAAAGAAGCUAAUAAUUCUGAGGAGAAAAAGGGUUUCAGCCUAAAAAGGAAAAAAAGAGAAUUUGUAACUUGGGCAGCUACAACAAAGUACAAACUAUUUAAGAAAAAUGCUGAGGAGAAAUAAGUAUAAACUAAAGUAAGUUCUUCCAUAUAGAUUGAUAUUUUUCUUCAGGGGCGGAUCUAUGCACUAUGGUGGGGAUGCCACGGCACCCAGACACCUCGGUAUAAGUUUUGUGUAUAUAUCUGUAAUAUUUAUAAGAUAUCUUAAAAUAUUAAACUUGC